AUGCCUCUUAUAAGAGCUUCUCGUCCCAAGGUCCUUGUGCCAGAAAAGCUGUCGCCAGAUGGACUGGCUCUUCUGCGCAGCUCGCUGGAUGUCCAUGAGCGAAAAGGCCUCAGUGCCGAAGAAUUACUCCAGAUAAUCCCGGACUACGAUGCCCUUCUCGUUCGCUCCGAAACCAAAGUCACUGCGACUGUGCUGCAAGCUGCAAAGAACCUAAAGGUGGUAGCGCGUGCUGGUGUUGGAGUUGACAAUGUUGAUGUCGCGGAAGCUACGAAACUUGGAAUUGUAGUCGUCAACUCACCUUCGGGGAAUAUUGGCGCCGCAGCUGAGCAUACAAUUGCAUUGAUGAUGUCCAUGGCGAGGAAAAUACCCGAGAGCUGUGCUAGUCUCAAAGAUGGCAAGUGGGAACGAAGUAAAUUCGUCGGCGUGGAAGUCAAGGGGAAGACAUUGUCGAUUAUUGGUCUAGGGAAAGUGGGAUUGACAGUAGCACGACUGGCCAAGGGCUUGGGCAUGAAUGUGAAUGCCCUCGAUCCAUAUGCAUCCCCAGCAGUUGCAGCUUCGGCUUCGGUCGCCCUCGUAUCAUCACUCCCGGAGCUGCUCGCAUCUGCUGACUUCCUAACGAUUCAUACACCCCUCAUUGCCUCGACUCGAGGAAUGAUCGCGGAAGCUGAACUGGCACAGCUGAAGCCAGGUGCCCGGGUGCUAAACGUAGCCCGGGGAGGCACAUUUGAUGAGGAUGCACUGCUCGCGGCAUUGGAAUCAGGCCAUCUUGCCGGUGCUGCUAUUGAUGUGUUUACUUCAGAGCCCCCUGCUCCUGAUUCAUCUGCGGCACGAUUAAUAGCCCACCCACGAGCAGUUGUUACACCGCACCUUGGUGCCUCGACAGUAGAGGCACAAGAAAAUGUUUCAGUCGAUGUGUGCGAACAGGUCCUUGAAAUCUUGCAAGGAUCGUUGCCUCGCAGCGCUGUCAAUGCCCCUCUCAUCCUGCCCGAGGAAUACAAAAAGCUGCAGCCAUUUGUACGCCUAGUUGAAAAGCUGGGCAGCUUGUAUACUCAGCACUAUGCAGCUUCUCCUGGCGGAGCAAUGGGAAGGAACACCUUUGAUCUGAUCUACCAAGGCGAGUUGGCUAGCAUCAACAACACGAAGCCGCUCUUCGCCGCUUUAAUCAAGGGUCUUCUUGCUCCCAUCAGCAGCAUGGAGGGACUCAAUAUUAAUAUUGUCAACGCUGAACUGGUGGCUCGCGAACGUGGCAUCUUUGUCUCGGAGCAGCACUCCCGCGACCCAUCAGAUCACUCGUCCUAUUCGUCGCUGGUCACUCUUGUCGCCCGUCCACCUUCUCGGGCAUCGUCCCGAGCUCCAGCUUCCGGCGACCCCUCUAGUGAGCCAAUUCCAAACCAACAGCAGCGGAUUAUUUCUGGCACCUGCUCCGGUGAUCAGCCACUGAUCACUCGUUUGGGUCGAUUUGAAGCUUCUUUUGAGCCAGAGGGGACCUUAUUGAUCUGUGAGAACUAUGAUUCACCGGGAAAGAUUGGUGUCGUGGGUAACAUUCUUGGUCAAGAGGGUGUCAAUAUCAAUUUCAUGGCCGUUGCCCCUGUGUCAACGAAGCUGGCUAUCAAUGAAAACCCAAAGAAGUCCCUUCCCAUAGACGAAGGCUCUCAAGAACCUGCUGCAAACGGCCAAUCACUGAAGGAAGCCUUGAUGAUUCUCGGCAUUGACAGAGGUGUUCCUGCUCAUGUUACUGCUGCAUUGGCUAAGGAAACUGGAAUCUUGAGUGCGUGUGCUGUCACCCUUUGA